AUCUCUGCCGGCUGACUCCAUGGUUAGCUCUCAGCGCUGGGGCAGGUGUUCCUAGAGACAACAGCCAUGAGGAGUGUCCUGGUGUUUGUCUGCCUGGUGGGAAUGGCGUGCACCUUCUCGGUCAAGAGCUGGCUGCGGCAACCCAAGCUGGAUGACUCAGAAGAGAAUGCGGUUUUCAAGAGCCGGCACCGGCAUUACCUGUACAGAUACAUCUACGUGUAUCCCCCGCAGCGACGGUACCAGGGUAGUGACUCAUCUGAGGAAGAGGGGGAUGGCUCGGAGGAGGAGGAAGAGGGGGGGCCUUUUUAUGCUGGAACCAAGGCAGGUGGACACCUUGCUGGAGCAGCCCCUGAGGACUGCCAAGCUGCACUGGGAGGAGACAUCCCAUCCCCCCAGCAGGGCAAGGACUGCCAAAGGAUCAGGCAGAGAACUGCCAGCAAGGGGGAAGACUCUGAAAAUGAAGAUAGUGAUGAGAAUGAGGAGGAAGAGGAGGAAGAAGAAGUAGAUGAGAACGAGAACAGUGUCAAUGGCACAAGCACCAAUACCACAGAGAGUAUUGGACCUCAUGGCAAUGGCACUGCGGCAGCUGAGGAGGGCACUGGUGAAGCUGAGGAAGAGGAAGAAGAGGAGGAGGAAGAAGAAGAGGAAGAAGAGGAGGAGGAGGAAGAAGCUGAAGCUACCACCAUUGCAAGCACCACCAACGAAGAGGGUCUGAUACAGGCGACCACUAUGGAUGAUGGGGGACCCACAGAUGUCACCACAGAUGCCACCACAGCUGGGGAGCUGUGGGAGUAUGAUGUGACAGCCAGGGACCACGGCUGGGGGGAUGAGGGCACCACUGAGGGUGGGUACGAGGAACAGGAUGAGUACGCACGUGGGGACAGCUACCGCACCUAUGAGGAUGAGUAUGGCUACUACAAAGGGCACGGGUACGACGUGUACGGCCAGGAUUACUACUACAGCCAGUGAGCACAGCCCUGGUGCUGUCCCUAUCAGCCCCAGCCACUCAGGAAGGUGCAUUCCAAGGCUCCCUGGAGCCGCCGCAUGCCAGAGGGGAUGCUGGCAGCUUGUCAUGCACAGGCUGCAUCCCUGGCUCCAUCCCAGGCUUUUUUUGUAUCUUGCAAAGUGAAAUGAAAUGAAAUGAAAUGAAAUGAAAUGAAAUGAAAUGAAAUGAAAUGAAAUGAAAUGAAAUAAAGCAACUGAACUGAGCUUGUUGGUGACAAAA